AUGGGUUCUAACGACCGGGCUCCAGCAUAUGGCACAGCCACCGAUAACGAGAAGGAAGGCAUCACUGGCGACAACCAUGUAGAACGUGUUGAAACGCAUGAAAAUGACAUCUCUCUGGCCAAAGUAGAGGUGGACGCCAAGCUGGAUGAGUUUGGCGCUCGCAGCAAGACCAAUCCAGCAGAAAUCGCCCUGGUGAAGAAGCUCGACCGUACAAUCCUCCCACAACUCUGGAUCAUGUACUUCUUCAAUUUCCUCGACCGCAAUGCCCUCGUCAACGCCAAACUCAAUUCUCUGGAUGAGGAUCUGGGUCUUCAAGGCACUGAGUACAACACUCUGAUCUCCAUCCUGUUUGUGGGCUACAUCGCGGGGCAGAUCCCCUCAAAUAUGAUCUUGAAUCGUGUUAGACCUUCGUGGUAUAUGGGCGGCUUCUGCAUGGCUUGGUCAAUUGUCUGUCUUCUAACUUUCUUGGCCAAGGACUUCGGAAGCAUGCUGGCGUGCCGUUUCAUGCUCGGUGUCACUGAGGCUCCUUUCUACCCAGGUGCUCUCUUCCUCUUGUCACUGUUCUACACCAAGAAAGAAAUCGCGACUAGAAUGGCCAUUUUCUACACUGGUAAUAUGAUUGCUUCGGCCUUCGCUGGCCUGGUUGCCGCCGGUGUCUUUGCGGGACUCGAUGGUACCCAUGGGCUUGCUGGAUGGCGCUGGCUGUUCAUCAUUCAAGGUGCUCUGUCAAUUGGUGUUGCAUGCAUGUCCUUCUUCCUGCUCCCGGACCAUCCUCUACAGACGCGUUGGCUCAACGAAGCGGAAAGACAGCUAGCCCACAAGCGCAUCGCCGCCGACACCACACAGCGCGAGGAAGCCACCAGCGUAUGGAUCGGUCUCCGCCAGGCCCUAGCUGACUGGCGCACCUGGGUCUUCUGCCUGAUGUACAACACGCACAUCUCCUCCGUCAGCUUCCAGAGCUUCCUGCCCACUGUGGUCCGCACCCUCGGAUACAACACCACGACCACGCUCGCCCUUACCUGCCCCCCAUACCUUCUAGCCGCGGCCAUGGCAAUUCUCAUGUCUUACACGUCCGGCCGCUACAACGAGCGCAGCUGGCACAUUACAAUCUGCAAGUGCAUCAUCAUCGUCGGCUUCAUCAUCCCCGCGGCCACAACAAACAUCGCCGCCCGCUUCGUCGCAAUCUUCAUCUUCGUCACCUUCUCCUUCGGCAUCAACAACAUCAUGCUGGGCUGGACUAGCGUGACGCUGGGCCAGACGCCUGAGAAAAAGGCUGUUGCACUCGCUCUGUGCAACUCGCUCGGUAACAUGUCGAGCGUGUAUACGCCGUACCUGUGGCCGAGUACGGACAACCCGAGGUUCUUGAAGGCGUGGAUGGCGAGUAUCUCGUUCUCGGCGGUGGCUGUGAUGGCGGUGUGGAUUAUGAGGCUGAGUCUUCAGCGAAAGAAUACGAAGCUGAGGCAGACGGCUCCGGAGACUACAGUGUUCUACGUUUACUAG